AUGGAGUUUACUUGCAAGGGCUUCAAGGUGGGAAAAUGUGAAGGUGAGAAGGUGGUGGAUGGUGAGACAAUGCCACUAGUGCUACUACCACCACAGCCCAACAUGAGUGAUUUAGAGUCCCUUCUUGUAGCUCUAAAGAACCACAAAGACUGGUUUGAGCAAAUGAUUGUCAAGAACAGUGCUGUGCUCCUCCGUGGCUUUGAUGUGAAGGACGCAGUGAACUUCAAUGACAUAGUCGAAGCCUUCGGCUGGGACAAUAAGGGAUACGUCGGGCCGGCGCUGAGGACUCAUAUAUACAAGCGUAUAUGGACAGCCAAUGAAGGUCCCUUUCUGAGUUUAUAUAUUACCACCAUGAAAUGGUCCUGUUACAAACGCAGAUCUUUGACUGGAAGCUCCCAAAGAAUCCAAAAUGUUGCAGAGAUAAUUAUUAAGGAUGACUCAGAAAGAAAGCUGGUCGUUGUGUCUGCAAUGUCAAAGUCACGAGAUGAUUCUUAUCUGGCCGCACUGGAUGCUGUUUUAGAAAAGCACAAGUUAACAACACUUGAUCUGCUUGAUGGUGAUGAUCUUGCUAGCUUCUUAUCUCGGCUGCAUCAUGACAUCAACAACCUUAAAGCUAUGCUUCGUGCCAUAUACAUUGCUGGUCAUGCAACAUAA